AAUGUGCAAACGACUAGAUUAUUGCCCUCCUCUACAAAAAAAACGGUCAAAAAUAUUAACAUUUUGUUCCUGCUUCCAGCAAUGGCGGCCGCAGAUCUGAGAGAAGAGCUAAACUGCUCCAUCUGUUGGGACAUUUAUACAGAUCCCGUAACCCUACCGUGUGGCCAUAGCUUCUGCCAGGGCUGCAUUGGGAGAACGUGGGAUGGUCAGAAGGAGAUAGGCGAAACCCCUUCUUGCCCUGAAUGCAGGCAGAGAUACCGAAGGCAACCGGAACUGAAAAGGAACCUGAGGCUGCGGAACAUAGCGGAGCGACUCCUUUCUGCUCUCCCAAAGUCCAAUGGAACUGGGGUCCUUUGUACUUACUGUGUUCAUGCUCCUGUACCCGCCGCUAAAUCCUGUCUCCUGUGUGAGACCUCCCUGUGUGGCGCCCAUAUAACUGCCCACAUCAAAUCUCUGGAACACGUCUUAAUUAAACCCACCACUUCCUUCAGCAACAGAAAAUGCUCCCGCCACAAAAAGCUCCUGGAGUAUUACUGCUGCUAUGAUGGUGCCUGUAUCUGUGCCUCCUGCUGCCUGGCCGGGGGGCACUGGGGCCACUGUUUGCGAGCACUGAAAGAGGCCUCUGAGAAGAAGAAAAAGAAACUGAGGAAAGUUCUGGAGAAACUGAGCCCAAAGAUAAAGGAGACUGAGAGAGAAGUCCAGAGGCUGCAGGAGCGAAGCAGAGACAUGGAAGAAAGAGCAGCCGGUGAGACAGAGAGAGUCACUGACCUGUUUAAAAACAUCAGGUAUCGUCUGGAAGCCCUGGAGAAGAGAGUCCUGAGUGAGGUCUCCAGACAGAAAGAGGAGCUCUCACUCACAUUCACUAGUUUGAUUCGGGAGCUGGAGAUAAAGAAGGACGAGAUGUCCAGGAUGAUCCGGCACAUUGAGGAGCUGUCCUUGGAUAUGCACCUAGUAGAUCUGGACAUUUCAGAGACGUUAGUCACAGGCUUAGCUGGGAUUGUGACCAGGAUAAAGGGAAGGAUCUGGGGGCAGAAGACUAUGGACCUGGUGCUGGACACAAACUCGGCGGCUAAUAAUGUAUCAGUAUCAGGGGACAGGAAAUGUGCCUCCUUCUCACGGACAGACCAGCGUCACCCACUAACCCCGGACAGAUUUGAAUCUUCUCAGGUUUUAAGCACCAAGAGUUUCCCCUCAGGGCGAUGUUACUGGGAAAUGGAGGAUCUCAUUGGACUAUGA